AUGAAGUUUUCCAAUUUUUCUUUCCCCAUAUUCCUGGCCUCAACUUUAGCGACCACUACCUCAGGCUUUCAGUGGAAUCCAUGCGGCUUAGAUAGUGACAUCUUCCAACCUUUGGGGGUGGCUAUCUCACCAGAUCCACCAAAGAGUGGUGAGCCUGCAAACAUCACCAUCAAAGGCAUCCUAAGCGAACCCAUUGAGGAUGGUAGCUCAGUGCAGAUUACAGUCAAACUAGGCUUAAUCAAAAUCUACAAUAAAAAUAUUGAUAUUUGCGGUGACUUUCUCGAUGGCACCGGUAUUAGUUGUCCGAUACCACCUGGGGAUUUGAGCAUCACGAAGACCUACAAUCUGGAAUUUCCACCGGCGAAAUUGACAACCCAUGUUGAAGCGUACAAUGCUGACGACGCGGAUAUUUCGUGCUUGGAUCUCAAGCUUGAGAAAGCAGGGCGCUUUGAUUUGAGAAGUAACGAAGAAAGCUGA